GCGCAUGUUGGCAACUCUGGUUCUACAAGAACAACAACAUUGGGGGCGAUUAAAAAACAUCAAUAAAAAAGUCUUAAUUCCACGCAGCUUACACCUGUCGCAGCUUUCGUAUCAUCCCGCUCUACCCGCCAAGUUUCCGUACCCCCUCCUUGGUGAGCUCGAGCUUAUGGGAGCAGUUGGAUCAGCGCUGAGACCAAAACUCGUCGACAUGUCUUCCAAGCAAGCGAAAUUCGUUGAGAACACGGUGGCCAGCAACAUGGUUAUCUUCAGCAAAACCUAUUGUCCCUACUGCACUAUGGCCAAGGAGGUGACCUUUCAAAAGUUAAACGUGGAGGCGACAAUCAUAGAGCUUGACGGCAAUCCGGAUGGGAAUGAGAUUCAAGCGGUUCUCGGCGAGAUCACGGGCGCCAGGACGGUUCCCCGGGUCUUCAUCGAUGGCAAAUUCAUUGGAGGUGGCACAGACAUUAAGCGAAUGUUUGAAACGGGAGCCUUGCAAAAGUACUUCCAGUAAAUGUAGAGGUCCUUAAGCAUAGUAUGCAUGAAGCUCCUUUUUAUUUAUCAAAAGGUUAGAGCACAUUUUAUCUAGUUAAAUGUUCAAAGUCCUAAAUAAAUUCUUUUAAAAUUUUAAA